AUUCUUCCAUCAAUCCUUUUCCAUGAGUAACCACUAACAACUAACGAGUAAUCUUGUUGUUUGUUGUUCAGUUUUGACAACGCCCUAAACAUUUCAUUUAUUUAUUAUUAUCUUAUUAGAUUUGAACUGUGAGUUAAUUGUAUUGGCAUUUCUUAGAUAACUCCACUCAUAUUGACGGUACGAUGAAUUACGGCAAGAAAAGCCCAAGCAUGGGCACACCAUCCGUUUAUUCACACGUUACUUCACGUUCGUCUGCAAAUUUGAAGUCAUCUCGAUCCAUGCGUUCGCUCCGAGUCCCAUGGUACAAGAAACCAAUAUUCCAGGAUGCCUACUUCAUUGAUACUCAACGAGGAUCACUCAUCAUGUCGUUCUAUUCGCUGUUCCUGAGUAUUUUCACUGUGAUGACAGCAGUGUUUGAUCUCUAUUCAUUGGCUCUUGCUGUUCCUGGUUCUACACACUAUGGAUAUUACUUCAUCAGCUAUCAAUUCGUUUACGUUGGAAACCGACAUGUGAGGAAUGUGCUUAUACUGUUCGCAUUAUUUUCGUUGAUUGCUGCAAUAGCAGUAUUUGUGACCUCCAUCAUGCUCAUUAUUGGGCUGAGAAAGGAGCUUGAAUACAAAUUCCUGCCAUGGCUGUACGUCUUCGCUGCAUUCACCAUACUCAGAUUCUUGGCUUGGUUAUUUUUCUCAAUUGUCAAUGAUUUGAUAUUUGGAUACAACAUCACAAUGUGUCUCAUCUGGGCUGUGUUCUCUGCAAUCAAUGUUUAUGGCUGGAUUUUGAUCUACUCUUUGUAUUUGGAGCUGUGUGACUUGACCAAAUUGGAAGAUCUUGCUCAUUUGAGGUUGGGAACGAUCUCAUCUCUGAAUGCUUCUACGACUCAUUCUAUUGCUGGAUCCAGACCAACGACUCCCCACAGUACAGUUUCUACAGCACCGGUCAUGUGAAUUUAAUCUAUCUUUUAAUUUAAGACAUUCGAGACAUUUGUCAUUUUAAUUUAAGACAUUUAUCAUUCUUAUUACUUCAUUGAAUCUGAACAAGAAUUCCAUCCACAUCCUAAUUAAAAAAUUAUGAUCAAAUUAUGAUAUUGAUAUGAUUUGUUUACCAGUAAACAAAUAGGGCUAAAUUUAUAACUGAUUUUUAAGAUCGAACUCAUGUCAAGUAUGAUUGGUUGCCUAGCAAUCUAUAUUAUAGGAACCAAUCAGAACGAUUCAAGUGUUUGUUUUGGAUUCGUUCUUGAAAAUCGUUUAUUAACACGCCCCAAGAGAUCAAAAGACUUGCAAUCGUUGACCAAUUUCACAAUGAAUCUCCUGAAGUUGAUUGAAUUUCAGUUUACUCUACCAUAGAAGGCAGCAGCAGAAAACUGCCCAUUUUUCCCCAGUCCUAUUCAUUCUACCGUCCCACAUUUAUAAUACUAGACUUUAUAUGUUUCUACAUUAUUUUUUAUUUUUAUAAUAUUUCUGUAUAAUGAGUUAAGAAUGGUUUUAUAAAUAUUGAUAAUCACUGUGGUGAUACUUUACUCAUAGUUUUAGAAAAAAAUAUUAAUUUUUGUAUGUUCAAUUAGAUAUAGACAAUUUAUUUGUAA